AUGAAGCAACUCGAGAUAGAGAACGGAGGUUUGCCGUCAAAAAGGGUCGAGUUAAUUAAAGUUCCAUCUACUCCUUGUGUCCAGCCAAAAGGGAUAAAAUCAGUUGAAAAGACGUCGGAUUCAGUUAAUAUUACAGUUACGGGGAGAUCGUCAUCACAUAUCCCGCCAAAAAAGAAGCUGACUAGGCAGCUUGUCUUCACAGAGUUCGGCCUAUCUCCCGUCAUCGCAACUUCACCGCCGUUUCCUAUGCAGAAGCUAAGCUCCGAAAUGAAUUUGUCUCCUCGGAGUCCUUUUUCCUCAAACUCCAAGUCAUCAGAUUCUCCAAUACCCUGGGUUAAUAUUAAAGCAAACAAUGGUACUCCAAAAGGUCCAAAACAAUGCGGCUGCAAGCAAUCUAAAUGCUUAAAAUUGUAUUGCGAUUGCUUUGCUUCUGGAGAGUAUUGUAACGGGUGUAUUUGCUGUGAUUGUUGCAAUAAUGUGGAGAAUGAGGAUCUACGGAAAGCUGCUUCUGAAGUCAUUUUAGAGCGUAAUCCACAUGCUUUCAAGCCAAAGAUUUCAAGCAGUCCAUGUAGUCCCCGAGAUGUUGAGGGUGAUAAAAUGGAUGCUCCACAAGUGGGGAGACACGAGAGGGGAUGCCACUGCAAGAAAUCUGAAUGCCUCAAGAGGUACUGUGAGUGUUUCCAAGCUAACGUCUUCUGCUCUCAGAACUGCAAAUGUGUGGAUUGCAAGAAUUUUGAUGUUUGCAAGGAGUUCAUGUCUGCUUCUUGUGAGGAAGACAGUAAGACCAUAAUCUGUAAGAACUCCAACGGCUGUGAGGGGAGGAUUGCUAUUUCUCCGAUGGAUAAUACUAGCAUGAAAUUUUACAAGAGCUUUAAAGGAUCUAGGGGGAUCAUGACAAUCACUGGUGAGGAUUGUAUCGAUUCAAAAAUCUACAUUCACAGGGUUAUUACUUCUGCAACAUCAGAUGCAGCCGGUUUAUCAGGCCAGCUCAUGUCCCAGGAAUCCAGGAAGAGGAAACUUCAGGAGCUUCAUCCAAAUGAGAAAAAAUCACCAAGUCAAAGCUUCUCUGAUUUACGAAAGGUGAUCAAACGAAGUUCUUGUCCCUCCUCUACCUUGUCAGUUGAGCCUACUUGUCAUAUCAUUAAUUCUGCUAUGGUGGGAUCUUUUAGGGAUCCAUACAGAUUGAAGCUAGCUAAUGUUUAUCAUCUACUUGAGACUAGAAAAGUCUGCUCAGGAUUGGCAAUUUUAGCAGAAGCCGCAGCUGUGUUCUUAAAAUGCUCCGAACCAGAGGUGAAAGAGGCAGAAGAAAACAAGAAUGGCGAUAUUCUUGUAGCCAAGGAGGAUGAUUACCGUGGGGGACGGGCUCAAGUUCAGGAAAGGGCCACUGAUGACCUUAAUAUUGGUUUUGAUGCCACUGAUGUGCCAGAAGGAAGGGCUUUACCGCCGGGAAUACUCAGAUUAAUCUGUAAUGAAAAACUUAAACGGUUCAUGGAACCUACUUCAGGAGACCAGAUUCUGAACCGUAACCUCAAGAAUGCCUAUUCAGAGAAGGAAAAGUCUGUUUUGUCAAGUUUCCUUGACUUCCUUGAGAAACUCAUCAUUUCACAAAACAUGAAAGUAGAUGAUGCUCUUAUGUUCCCCUUUUGUUAUCUUCUAUGUGCUUCCGGGAAAAAAAUAAGUUCUCAUCAAGCUGGUGAAGCUAAAGCAGUCCCUACCUAUGCAGAAGACAGGAACUGA